AUGAGCACUACAGUCCGCACGCAGAACAACCCCAGCCAGACGCGUCAUCUGCAUGGCCCCGCAGCCAACAUAAUUGCGUUACUGUAUGGCCCUCAAAAUAUUGGUCAACCACCUGCUCUCAUUCUCUUCCUCUCCAUCAUUACCCAUCUGUGUUGCGCAACUCGACAACCGCGACCUGUCGACAUUAUGACGCGGAAGGAGGGUGGAACACCGAAGAGGGAAUCGGCUGAGAAGGAUCAAGGUGCCAGGAACCAUCGAGACUCCUCGGUCGAGUCCUGUAUCGUCCUGGCCAUCUCAACAAUCGUCGCUGCACCUCACGUGACACGAUCAGCAGAUUCCGAGGCAUCCAUGGGCAAGGAGAGUCCUGUGACGCCAGAUGAGCAACCAAUCAAAUCCGAAGAAGAAGACCGUAUCGGUAUGCUGGUGUCCUUGUCAAUGGUUGAGCCCUCUGGCCAGUGCAAAGCAACAACUCCCGAACCACUGAAUUUCUCUUGCCACGAACAUCAGAAACAGAAGUGCGAGACUCUCCCAAUUCUGGUGGAUUACGGCAUUCCAGAGCAAAGGUUCGAGGAGCCUACAACGGAGGAGAGGUCAGAUAUUCCUGCAAUGAAAGAUACACCAGGCUCUAUACCCGACUUGCUUUUAAGAAGGAAUCCUCAGAAGGCAACAGCGACAUAUCUCGAGACAAUCGCCGUUAAGAACAAGAUUGCCAAAGAAGAGGAACUACAGAAGAAGCUCCAGGACAAAAUGGACUACAACUGCAAUGUGAUCCUCGAUUGCGAUGUCAGUAUUGACGUUGAGCGUCGUGCAAUCGAGAGUGCCAGACGCAGGGGAAGGCCAUUUUGGAUCCCAUGGUCGAUGGAACGUCAACGCUACCUUACGUUUAAACGCAAGAACCUUCAGAAGAAAAAUGCUGAGAUGGAGGGAGUAAGGAAGCGUCGCUGCAAGAAGCUUGAUGGACUGAUGUCCGAGAAACAAAAACUUGAGGAGGAGGUUACUGCAUAUUGAUAUGUUGCAAGAUAGUGUCAAGAUGGUAGGGGUUGAAUUUGAUUGAGGCAAGCUUUCGAAUGAGUGAUAGAAGGGAGAGUGGUUGUACUGGAGAAGAUGAUAUGAUGAAAGAGGACGGGCCUGGCUUAGGCAAUGCUAUGAUGAUG